AUGAAAUUAUCAAACAACACAAAAGAAAUUAAAGAAACAGAGAGUUCGGAAAUACAAGAAAUUAAAAAACUAGAUUUACAAGAAUUAAAGAAUGACAAGAAUUUUGAUUAUGAAUUAUUUGAAAAGAAGAAAAAGGUAAUUGAUAAACAGUAUGAAGAAUAUGUAAAACUUGCAGAAACAAGAGUAGAUUUUGAAUGGUAUGAAAAGAUAAUACUAUAUCCAGUUCUGUUUGUUAUUGCAUGGUUUGGAGCAAAUUGGCUGGUCGAUUAUUUGAAGGAGCAAUCUCCUCCUUUCAAGAGAGCGUUGGAUCGAUCUAAUAGGAAGAGCAAAAAAGAACGAGAACAGUUAUGGAAAGAAAUUGUGGAGGAACGAAACAAAAUUGUCGAGGAAAGAGAAAAGAACAAGUAG